GCCGCAGCGGCGGCGCCGGCGGGCAUGGCGGAGGCGCGGCCGGGGCCGGCGGCGGGGCCGCAGCUCAACGCGCUGCCCGACCACUCGCCGCUGCUGCAGCCGGGCCUGGCCGAGCUGCGGCGCCGGGCGCGGGAGGCGGGCGGCCCGCUCGCGCCGCGGCCGAGAACCCGCAGGACGCCGCCCUCGGAAGCCCGGGGGGUGGGGGGCGUCCUGGUGGGAACUCGCUCUUGGCGCGCGCGCGCCGCGGCUGCUGGAGCUCUGAGAAUCCCGCGCCGGACCUUCCAGUUUUUCUGGGGCCAGGGGAAGGAGAAACCUAGGUUUCGGGCCGGCGGGGGGAUGGUCCCUUUGAUCUCAAGCAGUGGAAGCCUCGCCCUCGAUGAGUCUCCUGAACCCAUCAGGCUUGGGGGAAGUGCCGUCCUCUCCCAGGGGAAAGCCUGUGAUAAGGUGCCAAGUGGCAGCCGGGAAGUUGCAAGCGCGGACUUGCCACCACGUUGCUUGCCAUGGAUGCUAGUUGCAGACAAUUUUACUUUUAUUUUUCAGUUACUAAAAAAUUAUUAUAAGUGGAGAGCAGAAUGUCCAGAAAUAAGUGCAGAUCUACACCCCAGAAGUAUUCUUGGCCUUCUGAAGGCUGGCUACCAUGGAGUCCUGAGAUCCAGGGAUCCCACUGGCAGCAAGGUUCUUAUUUACAGAAUCGCACACUGGGACCCAAAAGUUUUUACAGCCUAUGAUGUAUUUCGUGUAAGUCUAAUCACAUCUGAGCUUAUCGUACGGGAGGUAGAAACUCAACGGAAUGGAAUCAAGGCUAUCUUUGAUCUGGAAGGUUGGCAGUUUUCGCAUGCUUUUCAAAUUACCCCAUCUGUAGCCAAGAAGAUUGCUGCUGUACUUACAGAUUCCUUUCCAUUGAAAGUUCGUGGCAUCCAUUUGAUAAAUGAACCAGUAAUUUUCCAUGCUGUCUUUUCCAUGAUUAAACCAUUCCUGACUGAAAAAAUUAAGGAACGGAUGCAUAUGCAUGGGAACAAUUACAAACAAAGCUUACUUCAGCACUUCCCUGACAUUCUUCCUCUGGAAUAUGGUGGUGAAGAAUUCUCCAUGGAGGACAUUUGUCAGGAAUGGACAAAUUUUAUAAUGAAGUCUGAAGAUUAUCUCAGCAACAUUUCUGAGAACAUUCAAUGAGAAGUUAUUUCAUGUGAAUGGCUUCCUAAUUAAACAUACUCGAGUAAGAGCCUGCUUGGUUAUGUAAAUGAAAGAAAAAGAGCCAAUCUUUUGAACUAAUUAAUGCUUGUCUGAUCUUUAAAAAUGUAAAAAUCUUCUGACAUGAACAAUGUGGAUGUUUGGGAAGCUUUUUUACUUUUUAAAUACUUUUUU